AAAACUGAGAUACUAGUGAGGAAAAAGCAACGGGAGGAAAGACCAUGGAGGGGGGAAGCUGGAUGUAUUAGCUAGUUUAUUACUUCAGCACCAUUUUUCUCCCUCUCUCCGCUUCUUUCGUUUUCGUCCGCACAGGUCGACGUGACUCGGUGCGUCGGGAUCCACGUCGGACUUUUAAUGCGGCUGGAAAACGUCGUUAACAUUCAACUCGCAGUCUGGACGCUUAGCACAACCCCGACCCAAGUUAGCCCGCCUCGGCUAACUUAGCCCUCUCCGGCUAAUUUAGCCCGCCUCGGCUAACUAGAAAGGACACACACACACACACACAAAAAAAGAAAAACACAACAACAACAGUAGCAGCGGCGGCGGCGGCGGCUUAGUGGAGACACAAGUUACGGCUGAAAAGUGACGCGGCGGCGUGAAGUAACUCGUAAUGUUGCCUCCCGGGAUUAACUUCAGAUACGGAUGAGACAGAAAUUGGGGGAACCGCGAGAACAAGGGCGAGCCAGACGACCACCGCUAUGUCGGGGCUGGUUCACGGCUCUGGCAGCUCGCCUGAGUCCAGGGGUUGGCCUCACUCGGUGCUGUGGAGGCUCGGGGGCUUCUUCUUCCUCCUGCUCCUGGAGGGGGCCGGCGGCCUGGCCAACCUCAACAACAACAACAACAACCACAACAGCAACAACAACAACAACAGCCCUGGUGUCAACAUUUACAUGAGUAUGGAGGAGGUGAAGAAGCUUUUGGGCCUUGACGCAGAGCUCUACUACGUGCGAGACGAUAUGGUGAAUCACUAUGCGCUCUCCUUCAACAUGCCCGUGCCCACUGACACCAACAGCCUUUUCUUCACAUGGUUUUCUAAAACGAAGGUUGACUACCGGCUUGCAUUCAGCGUGGAGAAUCCUAUUGCCCUGAACACACCACGCAGCAACAUCUCCAGUCAGGGGGAGGUGCCCCGUCUUCCCACUGUCUUCAGAGUGGACAUCGUCUGCUCAGGCAAAGUAGAUGAAGAGGCGUUUUUGACGAUGCAGCUCAGUCUGACCAUCCAUGCCAACAACUACACAGUGCUCAACUUCAAGAGGAGGAAAAUGUGCCAUAAAAGAAUUGAUUCUGACCCAAAGAUUCCCAUUCCCAACAAUAACACUCUUAACCGGCCUGACAUAGACGGCGUGACCGCCCCCACCACCUCCACCCAGGUGUUCUACAUAAGUGUGAGCGUCUGCUGCAUCGUCAUCUUUCUGGUGGCCAUCAUCCUGGCCAUCCUGCACCUGCACAGCAUGAAGAGAGUGGAGAUGGAGGACAGCGUGAGCGACAGUGGAAGCUCUCAGGGUCUGUCUCAGCCUUCCACCCAAACCACACAGUACCUGAGGGCAGACACUCCAAACAACGCAGCUCCUGUCUCAAACAAUCACCCUGGUUCUGCACCCAUACUCCAGCUUGCUGCCUCCUCCUUCCAAAACCCCGGUGCUCCCCCCCAUGAAACCAAAAGUUACCCAUCUCUACGCAUAGAGAAGAACGACCUGAGGAGUGUUACUCUAAUGGAGGCCAAAGCUAAAGUGAAAGACAUUGCAAUCUCAAGGGAGAGAGUCACACUGCGAGAUGUCUUGCAUGAAGGCACAUUUGGCCGCAUUUUCCAUGGCGUACUGCUGGACGAGAAGGACCCCAGUAAGGAAAAGGAGGUCUUUGUGAAGACCGUGAAAGAUCACGCCUCUGAGGUGCAGGUGACCAUGAUGUUGACUGAAAGUUGCAAGCUUCGUGGACUUCAUCAUAGAAAUCUGUUGCCUAUAAGUCACGUGUGCACAGAGGACGGAGAGAAGCCCAUGGUGCUGCUGCCUUUCAUGGCUUGGGGGAAUCUCAAGUUGUUCCUGCGGCAGUGCAAGCUAGCCGAGGCUAACAACCCACAGGCGAUCUCUCAGCAGGACUUGGUUUAUAUGGCCAUCCAGAUCGCAUGUGGGAUGAGCUACCUGGCUCGGAGGGAGGUCAUCCACAAAGACCUCGCUGCUAGGAACUGUGUCAUUGACGACAACAUGCAGGUGAAGAUUACAGACAAUGCCCUUGCUCGAGAUCUAUUUCCUAUGGAUUACCACUGUCUGGGGGAUAAUGAGAACCGGCCUGUCCGCUGGAUGGCCCUGGAAAGCUUGCUCAACAACGACUUUUCUAGUGCAAGUGAUGUGUGGGCCUUCGGAGUGACGCUGUGGGAGCUGAUGACUCUGGGUCAGACCCCCUACGUCGACAUCGACCCCUUCGAGAUGUCUGCGUACCUGAAGGACGGGUACAGAAUAGCGCAGCCUAUCAACUGUCCCGACGAACUGUUUGCGGUGAUGGCCUGCUGCUGGGCUCUGGAUCCAGAGGAGAGGCCCAAGUUCCAGCAGCUCGUCCAGUGCCUGACAGAGUUCCACGCGGCGUUGGGCGCCUACGUGUGAAAGCGGGCGGCAACGCCGAAGGCUGGCGGACACUGGUCAUGAGGAACACAUGUAUGAAAUUGUGCCUUAUGAGAUGCAAGCGCAGACUCAAGCCUGAUGAUUUUAUUGUGUACAGUUCUUUUGGAGUUUUUAUAUAGUUUUAUUACCUUUUUACGUCAUAGCAAAGUAAAAGGAUUCUUUCUCGAAUAUUGUUUCAUUUGCUUUGAAAGCAUCUAGAAAUGGCAACGGCUGCGCUCCCUCCCCUCGGCAAGAGGACCUGAACAACAGGAACACAUCGACAUUUACAGACGUUCAUGUGCCACCGAAUUAUUAUUGUUAUUUUUUUUUUUUUUUUAAGCUUCUGACAACUACAGUAUUUUCUACAGUUUUGUAACUUAGUGAAACGGUGUGAAUUGUAGAUUUGUUUUGGAUGAGAGUAACUCUACAGCGAAACCAUUUAGGUACCGAAGCAGACUUUACGGGCUUCGUUUGUACAGUUUAUGUAUCCACCUUCUCGGAUAUGUGGCGCCGCUUCCUCCCCCGCGGCGGUGAGUCCACGCUCGGUACGAGAGGCGUCUCGGAAGCCGAAUUUGUGCUUGCCGGGAUGAUUUCCGAGACCUUUUCAAGCGGUACGCCGUUUCCUCCGGACGACGGUAAUAACCACAGAUGAGCUUCAUUCUCCGUCGAUCGACAGCGUCGGCCGGAAACGUCACGGAUGGUUUUUACGUCUGCGCUGCGGAUCGGACGUGUGGACACCACGGCUCGGGCCGUGUCAGCGCUGCAAAGCUACCUAUAUAAACCUGAUUUUUAAAUGACAUCCGGUUUGGAUUUUGGACAUUAUUGUUAUUAAUAGAAUGCCACCAACUUCUUCUACUUUUGUACAUUUUCUUUCCACUAUCACACCUAUUGAUUCUUUUUUUUUCUUUUUAUAAGCUUGAUUGUUCUGCGUCAGAACACAGCCCUUCACAGGACUUUUCAACCAAUUUUUUAUUUUAUUUUUUUUUGUGAGUAUCUAGGACACUAAUUAUCACUGUGAACACACACACAACUGCCUACCAGCUUGGUCUAAACGUAUUCUUACACCUUUGACGUCUUUGGGAUGUGUCUUUAUGGUCACUGCAUGUUGAGAUAAGGUUGUAAACUUCCUGAAUUUCGUAUCCACAAAUUAAAUGGGAUCUUUUAAAUACAGAA